AUGCCCUCCUCCUUCAAGGGUAAAUGUGGUCAAAUCCUCUACUCAUUAGAGGCUAAGUUGACCAGGUCAAUGAGGUUUGCCACCAAAGCCAAGACUGAUUUCACCUUUGUCUCAAAGGCAGACCUGUCUAUGAUCCCAUAUCUAAUGAAACCUCAGCAUGGGACCAAGGAUAAGAAUGUUAUGUUCUUUGCAUCUGGAAAAAUCUAUGUGAGCAUUCACACUGAGAGGCAGGGAUACCAGCAAGGAGAGGCUCUGAAAGUCAGGGCAAUUAUUGUCAACAACUCAACUCGCUCAGUGACCCCAAAAUACUACCUGUAUGAAAAGCAGUGUUUCUACGCCCAGAAUAAGAGGAGAGUCCACACCCACAACAUCUUGAAGGAGAAGGGUGAUCGGGUCCCUGCUGGCACUCAGCAGACGGUGACCCAAAUUCUGACCAUCCCUCCACAACUCCCUGCCACCAUCUUCAACUGUCCUAUACUCAAAUUGGAGUACCGAUUGAAGGUCGUUCUUGAUGUUAAACUGGCCAUAGACCCUGAGAUCAAGCUACCUAUUGUUGUUCUUACUGCAACUCAAACUCUUGGACAGGAACCCCCACCUUACUCCAGUUUUGGUUUUGAGUCACAAGUCCCAACAGCCUCUGAGCUACCACCCCCCUACGAAAUGUUUGCUUCCUCGUCAAAUUUCUAUGGAAAAUUGUAG